AUGACAUCAUUAUCGGCAGCAGUAACUGCCACGGAUAAACCAUCUAUCAAAGCAACGGGGGCACUUUCUUCUACAGUAUCCUCACAGACAACAACUGUUGUUACAAAAGAACAGUCACAACAACGAAGUCAUUUCAAUCUUGAAACACACACAUUAGUGUGGCUUGAUCGAGAUGUUAAUUCAACAGAAGAUAAUUUAAUUACACAGAAGAAACUACGUCAGGCUGUUAAUCAAAUAAGAGUAUUUGACAAUACCGACGAGUGUCUUAAUUUCUUAACUGAUUUGAAGGAUCAAAAAAUUGCCUUGAUCGUGUCUGGCAGUUACGGUCGUAGAAUUGUUCCUCUUGUACAUGACUUCCGUUAUCUAACGUCAGUUUAUGUUUAUUGUAUAAACAAAAGUGCUAAUGAACAAUGGGCGAAAGGAUAUCCGAAAGUAAAAGGUGUCUUCACUACGUCGGAUGAAUUAGUCGACGAAUUAUCAAAAGCACAACGAAUUCAACAACUAAUCGAUGGCGAUUCUGUUGGAAUCAGUAUUUACAGCAGUUCGACAGCAGCAGGUGCACUGGAAGAACGUAAUACAGCUUUCCUGUACUUUCAAUUAUUGGUUGAGCUUUUACUGAAUAUGUCAAUUAAUGCCGUCUCCCGGCAACAACUACUAGAUAUCUGUAUACAACAAUACGAAGGAAAUGAUUAUGAAUUACAAAUUAUCAAAGAAAUAGAGAACACAUACUAUCCACAGAAGGCAAUCUGGUGGUAUACACGUGAAACCUGUCUCUAUCGAAUUCUUAACAAAGGUUUAAGAGAUAAUAAUUUCGAAGUGAUAUUCGCUAUGCGUUCGUUUAUCAAAGAUUUGACGAUACAAUUGUACAAAGAACAUGAACAAUAUCUGCGGAAUUACACUGGAGAACAAAUUCUUCACGUUUAUCGUGGUCAAGCUAUCUUAAAUGAAGAACUGAAUCUACUUCGUCAAAAUGUUGGUGAGUUCAUUUCGAUGAACGCCUUUCUAUCUACAAGCUCAAAGAAAGCAACAGCCGUUCAAUUUGUCAAUCGAGUUUCAACUACUCCAGAACUCAGUCGGAUCUUGUACCAGUUCAACAUCGAUACACGUUUUCCAAAUACAAAACCCUACGCCGAUAUCAAACAUUUAAGUUAUUUUGGUAAUGAAGAUGAGGUGUUAAUUGCUCUGGGAAGUAUUUUUAAAAUUCAGCAGAUUGAAUAUAAUCAACACGAACAAAUGUGGAUUGCUACUUUAUCUCUAUGUAGUCAAGACGACUAUGAAAUGAAAGACAUAUUGUCACAAAUAAAAACAGAAACAGACUUCGGUCUAGCUUCUCCUGGGACUUGGUUGUAUAGACAAGGUGAAUAUGAAAAAUCCAAAAAUUAUUUUGAACAGUUAAUGAAUCAAUUUAAGACCUAUAUAGAUGAUAUAAGUUUAGGAGUAAUUUAUAAUGGUUUAGCCUUGGCCGAAGUUAAACUUCAAAAAUUCGAUGAAGCAUUGUUACAUUUUGAAAACGAAUUUGAAAUCUGGGAAAAAGUCAAUAUAGAUGUUAGUAAUCAACUUAUGGCUAGCUGUUAUCAAAAUAUUGCCGAUCUUUAUUUUAAUACCAGUAAGUUUGAAUUAGCAUUAGAAUACACAGACAAAGCACUGGAAGUUUUUUCAGAAGGUAGCAAAGCUCGUGGUGACGUAUAUUUAAUAAAAGGCAAUAUCUAUUCAGCGAUAAAAGAGUUUAAUUUAUCAUUGGAUUUCUAUCAGAAAGCAUUCGCAAUAUUUAAAAUUCAUCUACCGGAAAAUUAUGAUACAUUCGGCUUUCUAUACAAUAAUAUGUCAGCGGUCUACGUUGCUCUGAAAAACUAUUCGAAAGCGUUUGAGUAUUCAAAUAAGUCAUUAUCAGUCUUGCGUAAAUCAUUGCACGCAAAUCAUCCAACUCUUCAAGCAGUAGAAGAAAAUAUUCGUCGUAUGAAAGAACGAAUGGAAAAAGCAUAG